AUGGAGAACGCCAUGGCCAAUGUCGACCUAGGACGUUAUCGACGGAUCGUGCAGAUGUUCUGGGAUCCAGAACCUACCAACGAUGUUGCCCACGAUCACCCAGUCUGGUGUCUAGGACGUUCCUACAAGCUAAGCGACAAGAAAAACACAAAGUCCGAUGAACAUAAUCCCCAGACGCCGCCCCCAGCACCAAAGUCGGACACUGAAGAUCAGGAUGCAACUCGAUCGUCCAACAUACCGACAAACGCCCCAGAAACCCCACCAGAAUCGAUAUCGAGUAGCUUCUCAUCAUCACUGGCAUACGAUGACCAGUCGAACGAUGGUGGAUGGCCAUCAGGCUUCAUAAAUGAUUUCGAAUCAAGGAUAUGGAUGACUUACAGGUCUGAGUUCGAGCCCAUUACCCGUUCCACGAACCCCCAAGCCACAUCUGCAUUGUCCCUGUCCAUGAGACUCAAGAGUCAACUAGGGGAUCAGAGUCCAUUCUCAUCGGACAGCGGAUGGGGAUGCAUGAUUCGGUCCGGUCAAAGUUUACUUGCAAACACCAUCGCACUCAUUCGCCUUGGGAGAGACUGGCGUCAGGGACAAUCACUCGAAGAAGAAUGCCGAAUCCUCAAAGACUUCGCCGAUGAUCCAAGGGCUCCAUACUCAAUCCACAGUUUUGUUCGACAUGGUGCCAGCGCAUGUGGCAAGUAUCCAGGUGAAUGGUUUGGCCCAUCAGCAACAGCCCGCUGUAUCCAAGCAUUGGCGAAUUCACACGAGCCCUUAAUUAGAGUAUACUCCACUGGCGAUGGACCUGAUGUAUACGAAGAUGAUUUUAUGAAAAUUGCGAAGCCAACAGGUGAAGCCUUCCACCCCACGCUUGUAUUGGUGGGAACUCGGCUGGGAUUGGAUAAGAUCACUCCCGUGUAUUGGGAAGCUUUGAUUGCGGCUCUUCAGAUGCCGCAAUCCGUUGGUAUCGCAGGAGGUCGUCCAUCAUCAUCCCAUUACUUCAUCGGCUCGCAAGGGUCCUUUCUAUUCUACCUUGAUCCUCACCAUACAAGGCCCGCCCUUCCCUACCACGAGAACCCAACGGAUUACACCAGUGAAGAGAUAGAAUCGUGUCAUACUGCUCGGCUGCGCCGCAUCCAUGUCCGCGAGAUGGAUCCCAGUAUGCUCAUAGGUUUCUUGAUUCGAAGCGAAGAAGACUGGCAGGACUGGAAACGCGGUGUAAAGCACGUACAAGGCAAGUCGAUCAUCCACGUGGCGGAGCGAAACGCAGUCCAUGGAGGCUCAAGCGAGGGUCGCGAAGGCGCAAUCGACGAAGUUGAAACGCUAAGUGACGAUGAUACGGAUACCAUUCAAGAGGCCUAG